CUGAGCGCAGGAAGGUAUAAAUAGCUGUCAGACGCGCGCCUGCUUCACUGUGUUUGUGUGUCUGCGCGUGUUUGCGGGUGAAGAAUUGUCGUCAAGCUCACUAACGUGUUCAUGAGAAACCGUCUAAGUUAAACCGUCUUGAAGUAAAUAUUAUUUAAGGUAGAAGCCGGCGGACAACGCGAGCCCGUCACCAUGGUGGCCACGAGCACGCUGAAGACCAAAGGUGGCGACUGCAUCUCGGAUCAGGUGGAGCGGAAGCAGGAGGCGGACGGUCGCGAGAAAGACCUGGACCUCUGGGCCCCCUGCCUGGCCGAGCCCCACUGGACCCAGGACCGGACCUGUCAGCACCUGGCCACGCUGCUGGAGAGCUGCCUGUCCCGCGCCAAGAAGACCACGCUGCACUGCUCCUCGGUGCUGGUUCCGGAGAAGCUGACCCGGCGGGUCGCCCGCGAGGUUCUGCGGCUGGCGGCCGGCGAGCCCUGCGGCCUGCGCGGCUGCGUGCUCUACGUCCACCUGGAGCUGGACCGGGGCUGCCGGCGCCUGGAGCGCGUGGUGUGCGACGCCGGCGUGGUGCCCACCUUCGAGCUGACGCUGGUGCUGAAGCAGGACGGCGCCGCCUGGCCCAGUCUCAGGGACGUGUUCCUCCUGGGCUCCUGCUUCGCCCCCACCUUCAGACACGCACUCAAACUGAGCCCGGGGUUCCGGCUCAUGAAGAAGAAGCUGUACUCCUCCUCGGCCGGUACCGUGGUGGAGGAGUGCUGAACUCUGGGGGGGGGGGGGGGGGGGUCUGUGGCAGCGCACCUCCACCGGUGUCAUCUUUUAUAGUGUUUUUGUAAACGCGUUGGACCUUAAUCUUCUGCAUAAACAAUCCGGAUGCGUCUGUUCAGCGUUUGAGAGUUCAGAUUCUCUGAGCUCAACUGGAUGUUUUUACUAAUAGGAGCAUGUCUGAACUGUACACGUUGCAGAUGAAUGUGGAACAUUGUUGGAGGGGACGUGGGUGCACUUUUGUCAAAGACACUGGGCACUUUGUUGAUGCAUCUGCGUGUUUUUCCAGUGGUUCCGUGGUGAACGGGCCGCUCUGUUUGGAGCUGCAGAUGUUGUUGUGACGAUGCUGCUCUGAUGUGAAUGUGUAAUGUCCACAACUGUGUGUGUGUGUGUUCAUGGUAUUGUUUUAUUGCAUUUUUAUUUGUACGAGCCCUUCCAGACAGAGCCCAUGUUAUCAAAGGGUGGUUCAUGUGAAUGUUAACUUAUCCUUUUUGUUGUAAUGUUUGUGGGAAGAAAUGACGAUGCAACUUUUGGAAAAUUUGUGAUUUUUCGUUUCAACCUCUUGAUGGAAACUGGGUUUUGUCUGUUGGACAAUAAAACUUUAAGCCGUA